UCGAAGACCAGCAUAAUCACGAACGUGUAAAGAAUAUUGCUACUCUUGCAUCCAGUUAUAGAAGAUUCACUUCAGAAAUGUGUGAUGAUAUAAAGUUGCUUGCAGCAUGUGGUAUGCGUCCUGGUACGAUCGUCAAAGUUUUACAACAUAAAAAUUCAGAAAAAUAUAUUCACAACAAAAAUGUUUAUAAUUUGGUUAGUUCUAUUUGUUGUCAUCAAACCCAUUCUAAAAGUAAUGCUGGUUCGAUGUAUCUUGAUCUCAUGAUCCAGUGGCAAGAAAAUCUGACUUUUCAUAUUGAUAUAAUCACAACCGCUCCCACCUUGUAG